GGAGCAGCCUUUGGGCAGUGCUGGGCCCAGCCCUGGAGGUCUCCUCCAGCCUUGGUGCUCCUGGGAAGCUCCACGGUGCUGGCCUGGAGAAGGGAGAGAAGGAUUUGCCUGGAAGAAGGGCUUGGUGUCCUCUCCUCAGCCAGGUGCUGCUCCAGCCAAAGGAAGGAGGAAGUGCCAAGCACAGAAACCCCAAAUGCUGGCGCUGUCGAACACCACGGCCCCGAACCUGCUCCUCUCCAAACUGCUCCAGGAGUGCCUGGAACGCUCCAACAGCUCAGCUGCUGCCCAGGGGAGCAGUGCCAGCGACGGCCUGGCCAUCAUCUACCUGCUGCUCAUGCUGGGGCUCUUUGGCUUCUUCACUGCCGGGGUGAUGGUGACCAACCUGCGGGCGCGGCGCCUCGAGGGGCCCCGCGACCCCUUCAACACCUACAUCGCCACGGACGCCUGGCACAGGAAGGACAGGGAGCACUUCCAGGCCAAGGUCCUGGAGAGUUACAGGCUCUGCUGUGUCCUGGAGAACCAGCUGGCCGUGGAGCAGCCGGCUAUGAAGAUCCCUGAGGAGAAAUCUUCCUAGGGAAAGGGGGGAGGGUGGCGCGUGGCGCCGGGACGAUGGGAGCGGUGCCUGCAGCGGGCAGGGGAGCUGCUGGCCCUUCUGCAGGGCCACAGGUCCUGGCCAGGCUGCAGGAGCAGUGCUGGUGAAGCUGAUGGAUCUGGGAGAUCCCAGUGCUGCCCCAGAGCCUGGCGUGGGCAUGGUGUGGGAAUCGCGGUGAGGCAGCGUUGGGAUUCACACGGAACAGCACGGACUCAUCAGCUUCACCUGCCGAGCCAGGGCCUCAUCCCUCACAGGGCAGGGCUGGAUGGGAUCUUGGGAAUAAAUCUGCCCUGGCACAGCGUGCCCAGAGCAGCUGGGGCUGCCCCUGGAUCCCUGGCAGUGCCCAAGGCCAGGCUGGACACUGGGGCUGGAGCAGCCUGGCACAGUGGGAGGUGUCCCUGCCGUGGGAAUGGGGUGGGUUUGAUCCCCCUUCCAACCCAACCCGUUCUGGCAUUCUCUGAUUCUCCACUAAGGCAAAUCUGGUGCUGCUGGUGUGAGUUAGAGCCUAAUUAGGACCUAAUUAGAACCAAACACAGGGCAGAGGUGUUAAUUGCCAAGCAUGGCUUAGACAAUCGUUUUCCAGAAAGGCCAAAUUCCCCCAAGAAAUAGCAGCUGAAAGAUUUCAUUUGCAUUUUUGUCCAGCUUAGAACAAUGACUUUAUAAAUUGUACAGUGCUGUACUAACCUGUUUCCUUCAGAAUCGUGCCCCUCUUAGAGACAAAAUAUUAGGAAAAGAUUCCCUCUUUUUUUUUCUGAAAAAUAUUUCCAUGGAAGAGCACAGACUUUGGAGGGACACUUUAGUGACUGUGAUGGGUGUGGCACUUGGGGACAUGGUUAAUGCUGGGUUAGGGGCUGGACUCAAAGAUUUUGGAGGCCUUUUCCAACCUCAGUGAUUCCAGGAUUCUGAUUCCUAGCAGGUCUCCCAGACUGCUCUUGCUGGGAUCAGUCAAUUUAAUUUCCUUCCUAUGGAUGGGGCUUGAUCCUGGCAGCAAAAUCCAUGUGCAAAGAGUGGGUCUGUGCCAUGGACGUGGGGAAUGUUCCCAAAUUUCAAUCCCAAUUAGUCACUGAACGAGCCCCAAGUGCCAGCCCCGGGCUGGGAAGGGAAUUUCCACUGUGGGAAGAGCAAUUCCAUAAUUUCUGCUGUUUAUUCACCCAGAGCUGCUGUCUGUGCUUAGCUCAGGUUCCCUGAGCAGCUCCCAGGUGCCCAUCCAAGGAUCCCACACAAAUCCAGGAAGGUUUUCCUGCCCUUCCCUCCUGUUCCCUCCUGCACAGCAGGGACAGGGCAGCCAAACUCAGCUGCUGUGGCACCAACACUGCCCUCCUGGGAGAGGAGAAAUCCAUCUCCCCUGGGCAUUGAGUUCCCUAAAAGAACAGCUUUGCCAGCUUGGAGCUGCUUUAGGGGGAAGGAAGCAACACUCUGGGUGGGAGUGGGGACACAAAUCCCAUUUUUAGCUGCUGGAGAGGAAAGAGAUUGAGCAUCUGCUUCCAAGGCAAGGUGAGGGCAGAGAGCUUGGAGAGGGAAGCAAUCCCAGCAGAGCCCUUUCCCAGGCACUUCUCUGGCACUGCACUUCCACCUAAGCAAUAUUCCAGCCAUGUCUGUGUUCCCACAGCGCUCAGGACACUCAAAACUCAGGGUUGGGUUUUUUAAAUUAUAUUUAUUUAGUGCCUACCAUUAAGCUGAAGACAAGAUUCACGAUUUUGGUGUCUGGAGCAGCUUGGGAAAUCUCCAGCAACUUAAUUAUCCCAGUCACUUUUUCCUCAGGAGGAAUGAAAACCCAAGCCCAGCUCUGGGAAAAUGUUGAUUUCUCAGCUUGGGCUCUGCUCCUUUGGGAUCUCACUGUUUAGGACUUACCCUGGGAGAGGAUUUACAGAGCCAAACCCUUGGACUUGUCUUAAACUUGCACUAAAAAAUUGCCUUUAAUGACAUGAAACCCUUUAAUUAGUUAAACCUUCAAUUCUUGAAAACAUUUAAUGGCAUUAAACCCCUGGAGUGAAGCUCAUCCCCAGGGCUCCCUCCUGUAGCUCCCACUCCACCCCAGGUAUUUUCAGGGAUUUUGGGUCAUUUUAUUGUCAUAGCUCCAGGGGGGUUAGUUGUGAGGAGGGUGAUGCUCAGCACCAAUUGUACCCCAUUUUUUUUUCCUUUUAGCAGCUCUACCUUUUCAUUUAACUGAAAUUAAAAAAGAGAGGAGCUCUGCUGUGCCGCCCUCACCCCUGGUGGAUUCCCACCGUGGGCUUGCACCUUUCAGUCCUGG